AUGGACGGCCGCGUCCGAAUCCAGCGGAACCGCGGGGUCGACGCUAAUGGCGACUCUGAAAGCUCGCAUUCAAAUACGAAAACGCGGGGAAAUCGAAAUGGGCGGAACCAAAGAUACAACAGAAGUAACAACUCGGAGUCGGAGAAGAUCCUUUAUCAGCGAGAAUACAACAAUUCCAACAGCGAGUACUCGGAACGGCCUUCUUCUGGAAGAGGGAAGGAGGUUGAUGAGGCGGAAGGAGACUUGAAAAAUGCGGAAAUGAAGCGAUCUGCUCGAAUAAUCGAUCCAAAUCUUCACUGGCGAGAGCCAUCUCCAGCGCUUGGUUUCCUUCAGCAAGAAAACACGGAUUUCCUGGUCGUCGGCGUGAUCGGCCACCAAGGAGUGGGCAAAAGCUCGCUGAUGUCUUUGCUUGGCGGGAGCAACUGUCGCGACAAGCGUUUCCACUUUCGGCCUCAAGGAUUCGAGACAAAGGAAAAGGGCUGCCACAUGACUGCUGGAGUGGAGAUGUUCAUUACCAGCGAGCGGAUGAUCUUGCUAGACACUCAGCCAGUUCUUUCGACUUCUUUACUCGACGAAUUAUGCGUUAAUGAUCGCGAUCGGCGGCACGGAACAGGUGGUGGUGCUCCUGAUCUCGCUUCCGGCCUCUCGCUCCACCAAAUCCAGUCGCUUCAGCUCGUUGCUUGGCUCAUGAGCGUUUGUCACGUGAUUUUAGUUUUGCACGAUCAAGCGCCGGAUUUCAACCUGGUGCGGCUGCUGACCACCGCGGAAAUGCUCAAGCCGACUACGACGCCGCCCGAUGGAACUGAUAAUGUCGAUUUCAUGCCCGAGGUCGUGUUUGUCAUUAACAGGAGUAACAGAGACUUGUACCAGCCCGCCAACUUCAUUGCUUGUGAACAGAUUAUUGCCGCCUUGAUGAAGUACAGCAAGCUCAAAGUUCGUGGCCACUUCGGCUCCUGGCGAAAGAACCUGAUGCUUGAACUUCCAAAGGAUGAGCAUCCCUUCAACAUCUUCAUGGUUCCCUCAGCAAACGAUCGAUGCCGGAAUCCGGCGUAUCCCUCCUUCGAGCUGACUAUCCGGACGCUUCGCAAUCUGGUCUUGCCAGAAUCGCUCUGGAACUCGUUCACAUUUCAGAAUGGCUCUCAAAAGUGGCUUGAAGUCACGAUGACGGACGACGAUCUCGGAGGACCAGAUGAUCAUGAGCGUCUCGGUCCAACCCCAAACCAAACAGAGGCAGAGAACCGAGGGCCCAACCCCCGGCCACCUCCACGACGGAGGGGGACGCCGACCAGGGGGGCCACUGGUGAUGUGAUUCUUCAAGUUCACAUUGCGAAUAUUUUUCUGUCAUUUUGUCAACGCUACGCCCGCUGGUGCAAAAAAGGACUUCGCCGCUUUUUGGAAUUUGUUGUUUUGAUAAAGGCGCUGGGCGCAGCAUUGGCUCUUAUUUAUUCACACGUCGGAUACCCCAACACCAGUACUUGUCUGCUGCCUUUGAAGGGCAAGAUCCCCGUCGAGUCGAUUUUGCGGGUAGAGAUUGGAAGACGAAGAUCAGCGCUUAUUUCUGAUUAUUUAUACAGAAUCGAGAACCAAUGUCCUCUCUACCGCGAACUGGAGCAUCAGCCCUAUCAGAACAUAUCCAGACGACUUAUCACUAUUUCGACGGAUGUAAUCACCGACACUCCCAACCCUUCUCGGCCCUUUCACUAUCAGGCCAAUUAUUUCAGCAUGAGAAACAUCUUCGACUUUGGCUUCGACUACCUCAACCUAGUCCGCUUUGAGUUCUCGCACGAGUAUGGCUACCUCCGUUUAUCCGAGCAGGCGCGAAAAACCCGAAACGUAGAAGUGAUCAAAGUGAUGCUCGAUCCAUCCAAAGACGACUGCUUCAAAUCACUUGUUUGGGACAAGUUCGGCCGCGUUUUGCUGGCCGAGUGGUUUGGCUACGACUGGAUCGUUUUGGACUCCAUCGUGCAGAUUUCCGGAAACACCGGUUUUAUCAGAAACACUGUAACUAAGGACCAGUUUACUGUCUUCAACGGCGGUCACAAGAAACGAAUGCUUUAUGUGCCUGUAAUCGCCUGUAUGGUCUUUACGGCGCUGAUUGCCAUGCUUCUUAGGUUCGCUUAUAAACAGGUGUUCAUGAGGGUUUUAUUUGCAUCCAUAAAUUUGACAAUUCACAAUCACUUUCCCUACGGCGCCGUGGCCAGCUCCGUUCUAGCGCUUAUUGGGCUCGAAGACAUCAUGUCCGAGUACUUUGGAGAUUCCAGAAUCGCUUUCUACGUGAUUUUGUCCGUUUGGAUCGCUGACCAAUUCCACUCCUACUGCUGCCACACGCCCAUAACCAAAAAGUACUGGAUCCGCUUCUUCUACUUGUACCAUUUAGGCUUCUACAUGUAUAACCACAUCUACACCAGUCGAAGAAACGCGUUUAUCGCUUUGUUUACUUCUUGCAUGUUGACCAUGCAUAUGAUGAUCUUCUUCUUUCAUCACUUUGAAUUGCCCUUUGUUUUGAACACCUUUCAAAUCAGACGGAGAUUCACCCCCCUCAUCGCCGAGCCACUCAUCAAUCCUGCCAACGCCGCGCCAAAUAAUGCUCAAGAUUCCGAGGAACACUCGGAGGAUGAGCGCGAAAGAAUUGAAGUUGAGGCGGAGACAAGGACAACACGUGGCGGUGAUGAAGAUGGGGAAGUCGAAAAUAUGGAGAUAGAAAUGGAGGAGGAAGUGGAAACGCUUCAGGAAGACGAUUUCCAGGUCGAAAUUCAUAUCUCGGAUAUCGAAGAGGACAUAGAAGAGCUGAGAGCAUCCGAAUUGUAA